UGAACCCUAAAAUUAUGGUGACCAUGGCAACAAAAGGCAAACACCUCAGGGGUGUAUAUAACCAUAGUGGCCAGCAGUCUGGGAUACAGUUCCACAGAUCACUGCAAAGAUGAAGACUCUGCUGGUUGCCUUGCUGGUGGCGAUCUUAUGCGCCGGAAAAGCCCACGCCUUUUUUUGCUACAGGUGCGAAAAUGAGCCUUCCAACUGGAACUGUAUGAAGGCAGUUAAGUGCGCAGAACAGGACCAGUUCUGUACCACCAUUACUUCCACUUCAGGAUCGGGCAAGAACGCCGUGUACCAGCUUAGCAAGAGAUGCACCCCGACUUGCACGGAGAACUUCAUUGACACAGGCCUGACCAGCGUUUCGACCAAGUGUUGCAGCCAUUCCUUAUGCAAUAUCAGCGGGGCCACCAGUGUCAAAACCAGCGGCCUGCUGAUGGCCGUGGGCGUCCUGGCCAGUUUCUUCUACAUCUUCCAAUCCCUCUUGUGAGGAGGCACUGCGGAGCAAAGGUCACAGUUCUCCUAUCCAAAACUGUCAAAUGUCGCUCCCCUUUCCCUUGUUCGAGAUCAAGAAACCCGCCGUGGACGGCAAAUACCACCCCCCAGAAGCAUCGCGGAGGGGCUUGCUCACCUGGAUCAUUGCCCUGAAUGCUAAAAUUCCCGACUUCUUGCUUGGUACUGCAGAGUGUGGAGUUCUCUCCAGCUGCCCAGAAACCUCUCGCUCCUCUUUGGUGCUGCAAUGCACCAUCUUCUCCUCCCCAGUCCCUCGACAAAGCAGCUGAUGAGUCUUUUCCUCCAUCCACCCCAUAUCAUUCCCCCCCCCCAAAGCCUCAGGUCAUUCCUGGACAACACGUUUUCCGACUGGUUUGCACACAGUUUGUUUUGCACAACCUUUGCCAUUCCCAGACAACCGACGUGCAAAAUCAGUUUGCACAAAGUUUCUGAGGAAGUUAAAUAAUAUCAGCUGUUUGUGGCGGAGGGGAGAUCAAAUGACGUUGCAUCAAGCAAAUGCCAUCUCAUACGUUCCUUUAUCAUUCCCCGUUGCUUCUCUUAUUGCAGGGAGUCCCUGGGGGAGCGGAUUGGUUGCACAAACCGAUUUUUAUUUUUCUGCCAGAGUUUUCUUUUAUGUUAGAAGAGCAAAAGCCUGGAACAGCCCCAGGUGAGCUCAGAGCAGGUCUGCAGCACAGGCUCGAGCUGGUUCCACGAUCACCUUUCCUAAUUUCCCCAGGCAUUCAAAGAAGUCUAUUUUUUAAAUAAUAUGUGUGUAUGUAUUUUGGGUAGUGGUUGCUAGAGAUCUCUAAUUUAAAAACAAAAACAGAGGCUGUGCCAAGCUGCGGUUUCUGGGGAUUUCAUUAGAACUGAGAUCUUUCAAUCUAAAAAAAAAUCUAACAAAUAAAUUAAAUAAAAAUAAACCAGCCUCAUAGUAACUGGACCAGGCCAGCCUCCAUCGAUUGGCUGGGCACAAGAUCAGAAGCUGGGAUUGGCAUUUGUCUGGUGGGGAGAAGGCAGUAGCAAAGGGAGCCAUCAGCUGAUGGAGGUGGAAGAUACAGGAUGUUUUUAAAAGUCUCCCCACUUUGCACCUUCCUCCACAUUUGAUGUUCUGUUCUGCUCUUUCGCGCCUGUGAUUUGUAAAGCUGGAGCGCAUGUUAAUAAAGUUUUGCCAUUUAAGA